AUGGCUUACGGGUAUGAGCACCAACCCCUAUCGGGCAUGCCGAAGCAGUUUGUGCUUUGCUUUGAUGGUACCGGAAAUAAAUUCGCUGGUGACGAGUCGGAUAGCAAUGUGCUCAAGAUCUUUCGCAUGCUUGACCGCAGCAAAAGUCACCAAUACCAUUACUACCAACCAGGCAUUGGCACAUAUGUGACAUCAAAGUCGCUGAGUAGCCAUGGCCGAAUCCAGCGUAUCAAGUCUGCCUAUCAAAAGGCUAAAGAUUCGGCGGUCGGGUCCUCCUUUGACGAGCAUGUCAUGGGUGGGUACAAGUUCCUGAUGCGAUAUUAUUCCCCUGGCGAUGAGAUAUUUUUCAUAGGCUUUAGUCGUGGUGCAUACAUCGCACGUUUUCUAGCGGAGAUGCUGGACUAUAUUGGUCUACUCGAAGCAGGAAACGAGGAGUUGGUCCGGUUCGCAUGGAAGACAUUCGCGAAGUGGCAGCAGCGGUCUGACGACUCGGAUGAAGAGCGCGAAGAAAAGAAGAAGCUCUUCACAUACAUGAAGGCAUUCCGUGAGACGUUCAGUCGUCCUAUCUCGCGUAUCCGCUUCAUGGGUCUCUUCGAUACCGUCAACAGUGUACCGCGCUUCGAGUCCGCGUGGAUGCAACGGACCAAGUUCCCUUACACGGCACGCAGCUCGGCCAAAAUAAUUCGCCAUGCCGUGGGUAUUGACGAGCGCCGCGCGAAGUUCCGCCAAGAUCUGAUAUCUGGGGCGCGUCCAAAGGGGAAGAAGAAGCACCGCCACCACCCUCAUUUGCCCAAGAACCAUCUACACCUCUUCCACCCUGAAAAAGAGAAGCCCCAGGAGGAGCAACCGGACAGCGUUCCCGCCAUUCGACUCAAUGACAAAGCUGAGGAAGAACAAGAGGGAGAGGAGAAGGUUGAGCCUGAAUUCCAGGAUCCUAAAUGGGGGCCCAGUACUGGAGAGACAUACUACCACACCAGACGCCAUUCCUCGCACCGCCCAGCUUCACACACAACCUCGCAGCCGCCUUCCCGCGCCGGUAGCGAAAGCGGGACAAUAAAGCGUGACACAUACCGCGCACGCUCUCCGCGACGCAGUCUCGCAGUGCCCAAAGCAUCAAUGGACGAUCUCCACUCAGUGCGAAGCAAAGAGUCCUUCCACAGUCUGCACUCCAACACGCUCUCAGUGCAGGUUCCCGCCAUAGAGAUAGAGAUCGAUUCAAGCGACGACGAAGACGACCAAGACAUCCACGAAGUCUGGUUCCCAGGCUGCCACGCAGACAUCGGCGGCGGAUGGACGCUCUCGGACGGCGAGACAUGGGCUCUUAGUCACGCGCCGCUCGUGUGGAUGACACAGGAAGCACACAAGGCCGGACUUGAGCUGGAUGAGCGCAAGAUGAAGCAGUUCCAGUGUCUAGAGGAGUACAAUGGUGAUUACAGUCCCAUUCGGGAAGACCUCAAUUCCCGACGGCCGAGUCGGUGUGUUGAGCCUCAUGCUGAGAACGAUGAUGUGUUCCGCUCUAUGCCUGAUGAGAAGGAGCGUUCUGCUGCGAGUCGCGACUUCUGGCAUGCGCUGCAUACUUCCAGUACGAAGGGGCUGGUGCAUGACUGUCUGAUGUUCAACCAGGGUAUUCCUACUAUGUCGGUCAUAACGUGGCGGAUUAUGGAAUGGUUGCCGUUCCGUCGUAUGGAUCUACAGCCUGAUGGGUCUUGGAAGCCGAUUAGCUGGCCGCUGCCUCGUGGUGAGGUGCGGGAUGUUCCGCUUGAUGCUGAGAUCCACGUUUCUGCUAUCCGGCGCAUGCAGGCGGAUCCCAAGUACCGUCCUGGUAAUGUAAUUGUUGGUGGUGGUGGCCGUGGUACCCGUGUUGCACCGGAGGAGUACGGUAUGGGUGAAUGGGUGGUGUGCAAGCAUGAAGGAGAUGCGGUGCGGGAGACUUAUGUCCGCAAGCAUAUCUCCAAGUGCAAGGAGGGUGAAGAGACCAAUGCUUGA